GAUUCUAAUAUAAACAUGAUUCAAUCAAUUUAGGUCAUAUCAGCGAAAUGCUUUCAUGGCGUGGAAUUCCUCGCUAAUCGACCACGUCUAGCUUGCUAGCUGGAUGGUUGGAUAGCUUAGCUAACGCUAGUUGAUUCCAAGCUUACUACACUAACUAUGUCGGAAGGACUUCGAACUAGUCGCGGGCGUGACAGUAAUUUGCCUGUGACCUUAUAUUUUACCUACCGUGUGGUUAUGGUGACAGAGGAAGUAGCUUUAUGUUGUGGAGUUACUGCUAACUAGUGUGUAUUAUACUGACAUGGUAGACGAGCUAGGUUUUUCUGUGCAGCUGUCACAGGCAAGCUAGUCUAACUGCAACAGAAAAAAAUUUCUUCAAGAAACAGGUUAUUUCCCGAGGAAGCCCAGCUUAUAGCGGAAACAUGGUGAAGUAUUUCGUCUGUGUGGGUCUUUUGAAAAGUACCUGGGACCAAGUAUGCAUUGCGUUCUGGCAGCGAUAUCCCAAUCCUUACAGUAAUCAUGUUCUUACUGAGGACAUAAUUUUCCGGGAGGUGACCCCAGGAAACUGCCUUAUUUCCAGACGACUGUUGACCAAAACCAGCCGGGCACCAAGAUGGGCAGAGAAAUACCUGCCUGUGCACAUGGCCAGCUCAGCGUACAUCAUAGAGGAUUCCAUAGUGGACCCUAUAACCAGGACCAUGACCACAGUCUCAUGGAACAUCAGCCAUGCACGCCUCAUGUCUGUGGAGGAGCGCUGUGAGUAUAGAAUUAACCCUGAAAACACCAGCUGGACGGAGAUAAAGCGAGAGGCCUGGAUCUCCUCCAAAGUAUAUGGCCUGUCUAGGGCCAUUCAGGAAUUUGGUCUUGCAAGGUUCAAAACAAGUUCUACUAAGACCAUGAAAGGGUUUGAAUAUGUCCUGGGGAAAAUGCAAGGCGAGACACCAUCCAAGACGUUGGCAGAGACGGCUACAGAGAGGGCGAGGGAGACGGCUCUGGCUGCCAAAGAGAAAGCCAAAGACUUGGCUUCCCAGGCCCAGAAGAAACAAUAUGUUUGAGGGAGGGGAGGGGUGUAGAUAUCCAAGGACCUUGAUCACAGGUGCUGGGGCCACCAUUCUUCGGUCACUGUUCAUAUUUUCAGUGGCUUUACCAGUUUACGGUAAAGUGGUAUUAUUUGGUAAAUGCAUACUGACACAACAUUUUAGUUUGAAUUCAUUGAUGAAAUACCACUGGAGUAGUCAAUGUAUUUGUAUGUUUUUUCUGUUGUUGCCAUGUAGUCUUGUUAUACCUGUUAAGUUUCAUGUUUGAAAAAAGUGUUAGCAUUUAUGUUUAUCCAGCCUAUAGGUAAGAUGAUGUAACUUUCUCAGUGACCUUUCCAUUCUUGACUACGACAGACUGUACUCGCAUCUGAUCUGGGUUCAGGUAGUCUGGAUUUUCUUGCCAUCUUGUUUUCUCUCUUUAGAACACCUUGACAGGUGGGUGACUCAUGGAGAUGGAGCACUGUGCUACUGGACAGGUUUAAACCUCAUCUCCAUCUCUCAGACAGUAUUGUUGUAUGGAUGAGUGGCUUGGAGAUCCGGGGUGUUUCAGUGUUUGUAAGGGCCCUUCCCCAAACAUAGAACUUACAUGUUCAACCUCUGGUCCCAUCUGCCUCUGUACUUAUGUGCUUUUUCUAGUCUUUCUUAUUACAAGAUUCAAUGCAGAUUUCUCACGCUUUAUACCUCCUUACUUGAUCCAGACAGUCUCUGUCUAAUGGUGUAAUAUACCUUAUCAUCUCUCCGAUUUUAGGGUUUUGAUAUUAAUUAAUAUAAUCUAUAAUAUAUAAAUACGAUUCAGCAAUAGUAUGUUUUAAAUGCGCUUUAAAAACGGCUUAAAGCAAACCUGUGUCAUAAUUGUCAUUGAAUCUUGGGUUGUCCACACUUUUCUGUGUUUUUGAUUUCAGUUACUGAACUCUUUCAAAAUGGUAUUUCAUUGCUUCAAAUUGAAGUUAUUGGUGUGAUGAUGGAUCCACAUUAUUUUCAGUCAUUGCUUAUGAAUUAAUAGACUGGUACUGAGUGCUUUAGGACAGGAGACUUGAAAUUGUAAAGGACAGGAUAGCUGUGGAUAUCAAUAUCUGUACUUAUGCUUGAAUUGUGAUAAAGUAAGAUAUUAAAUAUUCAACACCCGAUUUUCAUAUGCCUAGCUAAUAUAAUUAAAACCAAUCAUGAAAAGAUGUAUUGUUUUACAAAAGGAAAAUGCUUCUUAAUAAACCAUAAUUUCCUAUU